UUCAACCUUCGUCAUUCUACUGUGGUUGUAGUUAUUUUUUGUUGCAUCGCGUAGAUGACUUAUUUUAAUGUAAAUAUAAAACGUAUUUUAUGCAGUCAAAAAGUUUAACAUCAUUUAGGGGUCUUCCAAAGACUAUAUCAAACUGACGGAAAGUAGUGUUAAAAAGAUCUGCAGUAAAAUUUACUUAACACCCGUGUGUGUGGAAAAAUGGCUGAUAUCAGCUCGGCUCUGUCCAAAGAAGGCUGGUAUCUUUCUGAUGAAGGAAUAGAAGCCUGCAAAAAUUCUUGUGAAAAUCCUUCCAUUAAUGACAUAAUCCGUAUCGCAUUAAAUAGUGAUUUGAGGCCCAUUGGAAGGAAGUUUCUACCAAAUGAAAUCAACAGUGGAAGAGUUGAAAAGCUUGAUGGCCCUUGUAUUCUGCAAGUACAAAAAAUCCGAAAUGUGGCAGCACCUAAGGACAAUGAAGAAUCACAAGCAGCACCAAGAAUGCUACGACUGCAAAUGACAGAUGGCCAUACCAACUGUAUAGGGAUUGAAUUCAAAUAUCUGUCUAAAGUAAGUAUGAACACCCCUCCUGGAACAAAAGUGAAGCUUCUUGGAACAGUGCUGUUGAAGAAUGGGUUUUUGCUUCUGGAUGAGACAAAGAUUGCCAUUCUUGGAGGAGAAGUUGAUCAUAUGAUAGAGAAGUGGGAGUUGCAGAGGAGUUUGGCAAAACAUAGUAGAAGUAACAUUGGUGCAGAAGGUGGCCCACCUCCAUUUGUCCCGUUUGGUCAGAAAUGUGCUUCUAAAGAGCAAGUGGACACCAGAGAACUUGAUCAAAGAAAGACACUGCAGGUCACAAAUGCUGUAAAGUCAGCUGAUGAAAAUGAUGAAUUUGAAAAACAAAGGAUUGCUGCUAUUGCAGAAGUGGCAAAGAGCAAGGAGACAAGAACCUUUGGAGGUGGGGGUAAUGCUGGUGGCAAUCUAAGUACACCUAGUCUGAAUUAUAGAAACAGAGACACUUUUCAGAAAAAACGCGAGGAAAAGCCAGCAUGGACCGAAAGCAGGGCUGAAGGUGUUUAUCGAGAGUUGGUGGAUGAAAGAGCUUUAAGAGACAUAAUGGAAAUGGGCUUCAAUAAAGAAGCUGCAAGGCAGGCUCUUAUGGACAAUAAUAACAACUUGGAAGCAGCACUGAAUUUUCUAUUAACCAGCAAUAAGCCCAAGCCUUCUCAGGGACCACCGCCAAGAGGAAAGGGGAGAGGCAGAGGAAAAGCAAGACUUGAAGAUGAUGAGGAAGUAUCAGGUGGUAGGCCUUCUGGGCCCAGUACUCUGUUUGAUUUCUUGGAAUCAAAGAUGGGAGCAUUCUCCAUUGAUGAGCCAAAAUAUCAGCCUAUGCAAAACCAUCAGGAGCAACAUAAUAAGGCAUUUCACACAGGAAAAGAUCAUUUUGCAAAAGAACAAAUGCAAGCGAAAUAUCCUCAAAGAAAUGAAAAUAGGCAGCAAAGAAAUGAUAAACCACCCCGGUUUCAAAGGGAGAGUGACUUUUCUAAGGCAGUCCAGGACCCUUCGGCUGCAUCCCGAUGGAGAGGGCCAGAAAAACUGAACUCUGGAGGAUCAGAUAAAUGGCAGGAGGAGGGAAAGAAAGGCGGUCGAUCACAUUCUGGUAGUUUUCGCUUAAGAGACCAGGCAGUGCCAGGAGCAUUCCCGCAGGCACCAGACAGCGCAUUCAGGAAGGGCCCAAAAGAUCAUUCUAUGCAAGUAAAGUCCAUGGACAGCAGCAGUUUGACAGAAUUCAAGGGAAACUUGCGCCUCGAGUCCAAAUAUGAGACAAAUCGAAAGAGUCGGAAAUACGAAAGGCAGCCUUCUGAUAAUCCUGAAAAAAAAGCAUCGAAAGCAGUUGAUACUCUGAAUUUAUCAAAUUCAUGGAUUGAUAAAAAUAGUACUGUGACACAUGACUUAAGCACUGUUAGUACUGUUGUGAACUCUCUUAAUAUCCAAAAUGGAGAGUCGGAGCCUAAAAGAACUGGUCCAAUUAAACCAUUAAGCAUUAACUCUGUUAAUGAUUUUGAGAAUAAAAAUGUGUUUUAUAAUUCUGGGCCCAAAAAGAGGUCGGGGCCAAUCAAAUGUGAAAAAAAUCCAGUUUCAUCAGACCCCAAUCCUCUUGGGCUUAACUGGAAGCCUGGAGAUGAGUGCCUUGCCCUUUACUGGGAAGACAAUAAGUUUUACCGGGCCAGAAUUGAUGCUGUACAUCCUUCAGGAACGACGGCUGUAGUUGUAUUCAGUGAUUAUGGAAACUAUGAAGAAGUGCUUCUCCAUAACAUCAAGCCUGUUCAGGCUGAGACGUGGGAUGAAGAUGAUGUAUAUUAUGAACAUUCACUAGAAUAUCGUCGAGGUGGUGAUGGGCAACCAAGGCGUACAAGACCCACACAACAGUAUUAUCAACCUCCUAGAGCUAGAGACUGAUGUGUCAGGAACAGUUAAAGGUGGCUAAUAGAAAUACAACCUAAUGACUCUGGAUGUGGCAGAGGCGAUUUCUUCCAGUAAAACUGACAGCUUUUUCCCCUCUUUGGAUAUCGCUGUGUAAAGAAGUGAAAAUUUAAAGGGCUUUUACAGUUUGUGAUGAAACCAACAAAAGUACAUGAAAGGCCGUGUAAUGUACAAAUAUAUGUUUGUAUGUGCAGUAGAUAGAUGAUUGUUAAUAAAAUUACACAUUUUGUUUUCAUUUUUCAAGAUGUGUGCACUUUGUUCAUUAAUUUUUGUGGUGCUGUAAUUGAUUUGAGAUAUUGAGUGUUUACAUUUCACCAUCAACUUUUUUGCUGCUUUGCAAUACUGGAUUCAGUUGUUGGAAGAGGAAAAUUAUUUUACAAUAUGGUAUAAUUCACCUUAUGCUCAUCUUAAUCUUCUCAUCUUUUUUCCUCUAAGCAUUUGCUGCCAAAAUACUCAGGAGUUAAUCAAUAUUACAGUGUAAUAUACACAAGUUCUAAGUGCAGUCAAACCAGAAAUAAGCGACACCUCAAGGGACAAUUAGCAAUGGUCUCUUAAAUGGUCUCUUACUCUCAGCACUGGGUCUGUAAUUUCAGUGUUUUCUGUUCGUCUGACAUAGUUCCUAUGAACAUGUGUGCACUUUCUAAAUGUGCUAUAAAAAGCUAAGCAUACCUGGAUGCAGGCAGGGACUUUUUACUUUUUAUUUAGACGGUUCAUUAACAAAGCAUUGUUAUAUAACACUGUUUUUUUGCAUCAUUUAAUAUUUUGUACAGGGUGGUAAGACCAGGAAAAUGUAUAUUGUAAAGUGCUAGAAAAUUUAGAAGUUUAUUUCAUGCAACAAUUCAACGGGAUACAAGU